CCAGGGCGCCCCCGGGCGGCGGAAGGCGGGCGCGCCCCUCUCCAGGCCGGGAUCCGGGGCGGGGCGCGCGGCAUCCCUGCGGGGGGAGCCGGCCACCCCCGGCCUCGCCGCCGCCGGCGCCACUGCCAUCGCCAAAGUUUCCCGGAGGCGCCGCGGUCGCCCUUCCUCCCAGGCCCCGGGUGCGGGGCGACCCUCGGGCGAGAACUGUUUCCGAGGGCAGCGGGGCCCCCUCCCCAGCUAGACCCCGCGCCUCCAUUGCGCCCAACUCGGAUUCCCAACUUGGGAGGCGCCGCGGGCCUGCGCACGCGCGCCUUCCUCACCUCCUUCUCCUCCUCCCUGUCGUCCUCCCACUUGAGAGCCAGGCUCCGGGCCGAGCCGCGCCGAGACCCGCAUCCGCGCGCGCCCACCUCCGGCUCCGGAGCCGCCGCCGCCGCCCAUGCCCUCGCCCGCCGCCUGCCCGGUGCGCCCUCGCCCGAGGACCGGCUGAGCGCGGGCGGGCGGCGCGAGGGUGGGCCCGGCCCGGCACUGCCCUCGACAGCGGCAAGUUUGGGAGUUGCACUAGUUUGCAGGGUUGGGAAGAGGCCGGGAGGGGAGCCAUGGAGGAAGGGCAGGGGUCGUCGCUGGCGGCCGAGUCGGCGCUGGAGAAGAACGUGGCCGAGCUGACCGUCAUGGACGUGUACGACAUCGCGUCGCUCGUGGGCCAUGAGUUCGAGCGGGUCAUCGACCAGCACGGCUGCGAGGCCAUCGCGCGCCUCAUGCCCAAGGUCGUGCGCGUCCUGGAGAUCCUGGAGGUGCUAGUCAGCCGCCACCACGUUGCACCCGAGCUGGACGAGCUGCGGCUCGAGCUGGACCGUCUGCGCGUGGAGAGGAUGGACCGCAUCGAGAAGGAGCGCAAGCACCAGAAGGAGCUGGAGCUCGUGGAGGACGUGUGGCGAGGGGAGGCUCAGGAUCUCCUCUCUCAGAUAGCCCAGCUGCAGGAGGAGAACAAACAGCUCAUGACCAACCUCUCCCACAAGGAUGUCAGCUUCUCCGAGGAGGAGUUCCAGAAGCAUGAAGGCAUGUCCGAACGGGAGCGGCAGGUGAUGAAGAAGCUGAAGGAGGUGGUGGACAAGCAGCGGGAUGAGAUCCGCGCCAAGGACAGGGAGCUCGGCCUGAAAAACGAGGACGUUGAGGCUUUGCAGCAGCAGCAGACCCGGCUGAUGAAGAUCAAUCAUGACCUUCGGCAUCGAGUCACGGUGGUGGAGGCCCAGGGGAAGGCCCUGAUCGAACAGAAGGUGGAGCUGGAGGCAGACCUGCAGACCAAGGAGCAGGAGAUGGGCAGCCUGCGGGCAGAGCUUGGGAAGCUGCGAGAGAGGCUGCAGGGAGGGCUCAGCCAGAACGGGGAGGAGGAGCCCGAGACGGAGCCGAGUGGGGAGGAGUGUGCCUCAGAGGCAGAGAAGAUGGCCAUGGAUCUCAAGGACCCGAACCGCCCCCGGUUCACGCUGCAGGAGCUGCGGGACGUGCUACAUGAGAGGAACGAGCUCAAGUCCAAGGUGUUUUUGUUGCAGGAGGAGCUCGCCUACUAUAAGAGUGAAGAAAUGGAAGAGGAAAACCAAAUACCCCAACCUCCACCCGUUGCACACCAGAAAACGUCCCCCCAGCCGGAGUCUGGGAUCAAGCGACUCCCCAGGCGUGUCCCCAGCGCUCCUUCUGCGUGGCUUCCUCGCCUCCUUCCCUCACUGCUCUGAGGCACCGGCUGAGGCCCGACUGCCUGGUUCCCUUAUCUCUCAAGUGCAUCACGAGUCAGGAACACCAGACUCUCGAUUUCUGGUCUGAACUGGUCAAGGGAGCCGGGACCAGAAACUCGGGCCGCCAGUCAACAACAGCAUGUCCAGAAGCCAUUCCAAGAAUAGCUUGUGACUGAGCAGCUGGUGGCUGAGAGUGUGGCUGGCACUGCCCGGAGAGGUCACGAGGGAGUGCCUGAGUGACUUCAGCCUCAUCCCCAGGGAACACGGGGCACCAGCGCCCCCACUGUGUCUCUCUCUCUCUGUCGCAGGCGCACAUGCUGCGUGCACACAGCUGGUCUCUGCCAGGCAGGGGCGGUGGGGGCGAGCCAGAGGACAGGAAGGCAGGCGUGGGGAGAGGGAGCUGGAGAAGCUGCCGAGCAGCACAGCCCUCACAGGCAGGAAGGGCUGGCCAUCAAGUGGGCGGCCACCCAAGUCUCCAACUGGAGCAGUGACAGUGUGCUCUGUCCUCCUACCCAACCCCUCCUUGCCUCAGCCCAGAAAUAGCUUCUUUAUCGCUGCCCAUUAUGCUGCCCAAAAUGCCACUGUUAGUACUUCAUAGAGUCUUCCAGAGAGAACAGGGGGAGGGAGUUAAAACCAGCCACAUCACAGCCAAGACAUAGGCUUUUGGCUAAAACAAUCCAGUCUUUAAAUGGAGAAGACCUGAACCUUUCUGCAGGAAAGUACGUCGAAUAGUAAAGGAAAGGGGGUCCAUCCACUCAGUGAGCCCAGCUGUGACACAGAGUCACUUGGCUGGAACCCUCCUGGGUGCCAGGGCCCCCUCCCUCCAGCCCUGCGCCUGACCAGGCCCUGAAUGAAGGCUGACAGUUUCAGGUGGGCAAAUAUGUCUCCGGGUAAGACAUCCACGCUGUGUCUGGGGCUAUGUUCCUGACAAUGAUUAUGUCUUUGGGGACCCCCCUGUUAUGCAAAAAGAGGGGUCCUGGUGGCAGUGGUUUGGAGCCCCUGGAAAGCCAAAUGUCCAGUAGCCUGACGUCUGAGGAUUGGCCAGUUCAUGUGGCAAAGGGCAUCCCUUCUCAUUGUCAUCUAGAGCAGCCUACCUGGAUGGUUCUGCAAAGAUGCAACUCCCAGCUACUCUGCUAAGUGCAGCGAAAGUGACCCAGACACACACCAAGAAUCCCCAGACCUCACUUGAGAGGAUUCUUUUAUAUCUUUUCUCAGGCAACCAUUA